AUGAAGUUAAGUACGCUACUAAUCUCUAGUAGUUUCCUCUUCGCGCAAGGUGCCAUGGCCGAUUCAGAAACGUUUGGUAUGCUGGCUAUUUACUCGGGGGCGCCUGUGAAAUAUGCCUCUGUGUACGUCGAGAAUGGAGGUCUGUAUGUCGGAAGCUCUCACGUCGGACUUUCCGCGACAGUGACUGACAGUGGUAAGCUUCGUCUUUCUGAUGGAAAUUUCGCUGUUGUUGAACGGGGUGGGGUAUUCCAGGAGACCAGAGAUGAAUCUAUGGCAUCAGUUGGGUUUUCUAUUAUAUCUGGACAUUUGAGCUACCAUGGAUCUAUUGGAUUUUCAGGUGUGUUAUAUGAUGGCGAAUAUCGUCUUUCCAAAGCCAUGAAAAAACCUGACGACCUCGAGGUUAUCAUCAAAGCUAUAAUUCCCAAAGGCAAUUCUGUUCCUGAUUACCGCCCAACAUCCAUGAAGAAAAUGCCGAUUUGUACCGGAUAUGUUAAUGGAACCAUUUUUGUGACCACUACUCAAUAUUCAACAACGACUACCACGCUGGCCGUGUGUGAGAAGAAAAACUUUCCUAUGACAUCAUCAAAUAGCACUGAAUCAAUUGCUACCUCUGCCAGCUCAUCUGAAAUCAGUUUUCAGAUUUCUGCUCCAUUACCAGUCAACUGUCCAAAGGCAACGACCGCCUCACCAGUCUCGCCAGGAACGACGAAACAAGUUCCCUCCUUGAAAACCAGCAGUAUGGUGAUAUGUCCCUCGCCCCUUACUUCGUUGACCUCUAGCUCACCCAGUAGCAGCGUGAAAAGCAUCACAUCAUCCACGUUGAAAUUUUCCAGCACGAUGACCGUCACAGUUUGCCCAAAUGAAAAACCAACGUGCCCCAACAAGAUCACAUCUGUUUCUCCUUCUGAAGCUGCCAUCAUCAAGCCUACUUCCUUUGAACAGCUUACCUCUCCAUCAUCGAAGCCAAGACUCUCAACUGGGACAGAAUUGACAUCAUCGCAGGCGAUUUAUUCAACCAGUUUCAACCCGACAACUGCUGACAGCACAGAGCUAGCUCACCCAUCUACUGGCGAGAUUUUGAGAAGCCUUAAAACAUCUUCAAUUAUCACCAGUGUUCCCGCGAUUUCGCCAAUCUCUUCAACAUCGACCUACGAAGCAGCUACUAGCACUGUCACCAUUGUAAAAUCGAUAGCCAAAGCACCAUCUGUACCUCUCUCCCAGGGCACAGAAUUUACUGGUACUGUUCGCGUCCCCGCCUUAUCAUCUAGACCUCUGAGUAUGGCAGUUUCUUCCUUGAGGCCUGCCGCCAAUGGUACAGAAAAUAUGCCACAAGUGACGUCCACACCAAUUGAAGCAUCUAGCAGCUUCAGCGCAUCGUUCCUCUCGAGCAGUUUGUCAACUGCACCCUCAGAAUCAAUCAGCCAGCCUUCUCAAACGGGGCCUUCCAGUGUUGAGUCGAGUCAGACAUCUGCUCCAACCCUAUCUACUUCGACUCGUCAUUCUACACCAGCUUCUCUCACAACAUCAAUUGAGACAAGUAGCACCAUUUCAGGGACCCGGCCACCUUCGAGUUCUGGAUCACACAAUGGAGCUGGUCGGCUGGAAAGUACUGGAUUAGGAGCCGUAAUCCUAUUUGUGGUUGCUAUCUUUGUUUGA